UGUGUUUCGCGCGGACGCUCGCUGCGUUCGCUCGGCCGAGGCAGCGCUAGUGGCAGUCAAGCGGAGUGACCGUGCUGACGAGAGAGAGAGAGAGAGAGAGAGAGAGAGAGAGCGCUGUCAAACGUCGUCAUCGUCGUGAUCGUUGUCGCAUCGCGGUGCUACGGCUGGCAGUGAGAAGAAGCGGGCCCGGUCGUGAAGAAGAGGAGGAGGAGGACGACGCAUCUCGACGAGCGAUCGACCGUCGAGCCGACGACGGAGUCGUUCGCGGCCGCCUGGUCCGAGCGCGAGUCCGAUCGGCGAACGGACGGACGUCGUAGUAGCCGGGGGAACGACGACGGCUUGGCAGGUGGAAUCGGACGGAGAGAAAGUGACGUUCUGCAGUCUCGCUCGGCCCAUGGCUGACGGCCCCUCGCGAGACCGCCGAGGCUCGUGAGGCUCGCGCUCUCGGUUCCGCUCGCGCCACGCCGCGCCGCGCGCGAGAGCGCGCGCAACGCGAUUGGCUCCGCCGGGGCCGUGUAGCGAGCGAGCGCCAAUAGCGCCGCGAGCGCACGGGCCAGGCGGCCCCCCCACCUCCACCCCACCCCACUCCUCGCUCUCGGACCCGUCGUCCGCCGCUCGACUUCCGGGGACCAGCGCACGGCGAGCCGCGUCCACGAAAUGAGUCUGCUGUCCUCUUCCAUCGGCGGCGUCCGCUUCCACGCGGACGAGGACGCCGAUCACCACAUGCUGCAGGAUCUUCAAUUGGCGGCGGAGCUCGGCAAGACUCUGCUGGAACGGAAUAAGGAGCUGGAGAACAUCAUCAAGCUGCACCAGUCCACCGUGGAGGAGCAGGCGCAGGAGAUCGAGUACAUGAAGAAGCAGACCGCCGCGCUGAGGGAGGUGAAUAAUUCGCGGCUGAAGAUCUACGAGCAGCUGGAGGUCAGCGUGCAAGAUCUGGAACGCGCGAAUCAUCGUUUGGUGAUCGAGAACACGAGCGACAAGAAGCUGAUCAAGAGCCAAUGCAUGACCAUCGAGGGUUUGGAAGUGAAGUGCGAGGAGCUGCAGAAGAAGAUCGACGACUUGACUGAGCAACGCGAGGCUCUCCUGCGGCAACAGCAAGCUGCGAGCCCGUCCCGGAACAAUGCGCAACAGCAGGACAGCAGUUGGAAAACCUCGGUUACGCAAGGUGGCAGCGUACAGCAGAGAGCUGCCCCAAGUUCGCCGAAGUCCUUCCAAGAAACGACAAUCGACGCGAGCGUUCGACAGGCAACGACAACGACGAGCGUGGCGAGCGACGAGGAGAUGAACGAUCUGCUGAGGCAACUGCAGGACGCUCGCAACCAGAGGGUCAGGGAGCAAAUGAAGGUGUCCGAGCUCAGUCAGCAGUUGACGACCCUGUUGCAGGAGAACGGCGCAUUGGAGGAACAGCUAACGGUGUGGCGCAACAAGGCGCAGGAUGUGAAGAAUCUGCAGGACGAGAUCAGCACUCUGGAGGAGGUCAGACGAGGUCAAUUGUGCGGCCGAUGUCUGCGCGGCAUGGACACCAGGACACACGACGAGCUCUCGAUCAUGUUGGACCAAGAAGAGUAUGACGACAUCAGCGUGGCCGAGUCGUUGAUCGGCGAGAACCAGCGGGACUCGGAGCUGAUGGUGCAGGACAACACGGCAGGCAGCAAGAACGAGGACGCGGACGAGCUGGACAGCGCCAAUCCGUACCGGGUCCUAGUGGAGAAGUAUCAGGCCUUGCUGGAGGUGCAGAGACACUGUCAACCCCGCCGCAAGGAUCCCGCUAGCAACCCGGCGGCAUGCAUGUCGCUGCAGGAGGAGCUGGAGAUGUCCGGCGAGUUCAACAACUUCUGCCCCGGCGCGACGGAGGCGGCGUCCGAGGUCGCCGCGGAGCCGGGGGCGGCCAAGGGUGCGACGCGCGCCAAGGCGGACGCGCCCGGCAAGAAGAGCUUCUCCGCCACGCCGACGGACUUCUCCGAGGCGGAGACGUCGUCGUCGGGCUUCUCGGACGAGACGAGCAACAAAGCGACGCAGACGGACGGCAGGCCGGGCUCGUUCCUGUGCUCGAUCGCCGACGGCGAGGACUGCAAGUUCAGCAUCUACGACGACAACAGCCCGUUCGAGAGCAGGUUCCGCAAGACGCCGGAGUACCGGCAGCUCUUCAGCGAGAUCUUCAGCGUGCUGAAGCGGGCGGCCGAGGCGAAGGACGAGGGCGAGAAGCUGCCGUUAUUGGACGACUCCAGCGCGACGUCGCAACUGCCGGCCGAGUCAUCGACCACUCAGGAGGAUCUGCACAGCGAGACGACCGACGACAAUCAGAGCGUCAUGUCCUCCGUCGUGUCGUCCGUGGUCUCAGAGCCGGUGUUCAGGGUGCAGCCCGUCAGCCCAGCCAACAAUACGAAGAAUGACAACAAGCCUAAAGCCGCGGGGGGCCAACCACGGUCGGCUCACCACGCCACCAGGCUGGACUACCUGUCCAUCAACGUGCACGUCCGCAAGAAGUCCUCGGCGAAGAAGAACGCCGCGAAGAAGGCGCACUGCAACGACCGUCCGACCACACCGGACGUCAUCCCCACGACGAACCCGAAGUUCGUGCCACCGAAGGCCAACGGCGGUGGCCGCAGGAGAUACAAGCCGUUCAACUUCGCCGAGCCGGACGGCAACGGGCUGUGGAACGGCCACCACAACGCCAACUACUCCAACCGCUCGAGGGACAGGAGACAGCAACACGGCUAUGGCCGCGGCUCCAGCGAGCAGCAACAGCAGCAGCAGCAGCAGCAGCAGCAACUGCGCAACAACUACAGCGAGUACAGCGAGUACAAGCCUAGCAGCGCGUCCGAGGAAGUGGCCCGACUCAAGCGCUUGGAAAUGUCGUACGCGGAGGUGCUGCGCACGCCCAACAAGCCCAAAGCCAAUCAUCAUAAUCAUCAUCACCAUCGUAGGAGUUAAAUCAUAGCCGCAGACGCGACCUCGCAGUCGGAGAGCGCGGCGGCCGUGCGCAUAGGCGAGCGACUCGCGCUGGAGUUUUGUACUCUCGCGCCUUGUCCUCCGAUUGUAAUCUUCGACUUUAGCUGAGCGCACAUGUCGCUAAGUAUCCUCCGGACGCAACACACACACACACACACACACACACACAUACACACACACACACACACGCGCGCGCAUACAUUGGCUCUGAGAAUCGUCUCGACAUUCUGCUCCGGAUGCAGUCUGGAGCACAGCUGGGACACUGCCAGAUUUCACCGCGACGUUCAACGUCCAGCGUCCAAGGUCCAAAAUCUUCAGAUUGUUAAGCAUUCCUCACUUUCGUCCCCUGGUAAACUCUGGCUCGCGGUAACAUCUCGUCGAUACGGCAGUUUCUCUCGCUCUGGAAGUGAGAGUGGAAAACCACAACGGAAGUGUGUAGUCUGCAAUACGUAUCAAGUUACACUUGCAUCGCGCUCCCUGAGAGGGAAGUCAUAAUGUUGAUAACUUUCAUUCCGUUUCGAGUCUCUCCAGAUUUUUCAGAUUUCUAAUCUAACGAUCCCAAGUGCAGCAGCUGUCCAAUGAGAGAACUUGAUUUCCGGGAAUCAGGCCACACCGGCUGCGUCCCGCAUUGUAUCCAGAAAAAAAUGUCCCGACCAUCUUGAAGGCCAAUGUACACGCGUACACACACACACACACACACACACACA